CAGCUGCCACUGGGCUCUAGGGUACCCUGCAAGUCGUACCACCCUACGCAUCCCUGUUCUGCGAGACUGGAGCUGGGACUCCAGGGCUCCUGUGGCCACAUUCCCUUAGCUCUCGGGCCUCCCUGCCCCGCCGCCCUCCCUAGCCGUGCGACCGCUGGAGCCCCCUCCCUCCCUCCCCGAGCUGCGCGCUCUGCCUGUGCCGCCGCCACCAUCGCCACCGCCGCCGCCGCGUGCUCCUGCAGCCUUCUCGCUCCAGCCGAGCCAGCCAGAGGAACGAGGGGGGGGGCUUGAGAGAGAGAGAGAGAGAGAGAGAGAGAGAGAGAGAGAGAGAGAGAGAGAGAGAGAGUCGGCGAGGCAAGCGGAGCGGGGACACGGAGCCGUUCCUCCAGAGCCAGCGGAAACCUCCUCGGACAGCAACCGGGCACCAGCCCCAGCAGCUCUUGUGGUCGCCGGAGACGCCGCCGCCGCCACCACCGUUCCAGCCCGGCCUCUCGCGUCCCUUGCCGCCGGCUCGCCGGGGCAGCGGGGAUGCAGCUGGGGCAUGGCCGCCGGGGCCCCGUCACCUGCCGCGGGGAGCGCUGAACCCGUUGAAAAGCUGCCUGUGAGAACCUAACUAACACUUUCUUGAGAACCCGCUCUAUCUGGGCACACUCCACACUGAGGAAGCAUCUUCAGGUCCUCCGUGUGACAGAAAAGGAAACAGCAUUCCAACAGAAGUAUCAAGGGGAAUCGGCCAGCCUUCCCGGGAGCUGGCCCACAGGCCUUUUCGGCGGGAACCUGUUCUAAGAGUGAUCCAUUCUGCAAACAGCGAGCCCAGAGCGCCUCGGGGAAAAUUGGCUGAAUAAAAGGGCAAUCAGGACGCCACGGCUCCACCUGAAGCGAUGGCCCAGCCCUACCCCCCUGCCCAGUACCCUCCUCCACCUCAGAAUGGAAUCCCAGCUGAAUAUGCCCCGCCUCCACCACACCCAACACAGGACUACUCCGGCCAGACCCCAGUCCCCCCAGAGCACGGCAUGACCCUCUACACACCAGCACAGACGCACCCUGAGCAGCCAGGCACGGAGGCCAGCACACAGCCCAUCGCUGGGACCCAGACAGUGCCGCAAGCGGACGAGGCAGCACAGACGGACAGCCAGCAGCUCCACCCUUCCGACCCCACGGAGAAGCAGCAGCCCAAACGACUACAUGUCUCCAACAUCCCCUUCCGGUUCAGGGACCCCGACCUGCGGCAAAUGUUCGGGCAAUUCGGGAAAAUUUUAGACGUGGAGAUCAUUUUUAACGAGCGGGGCUCCAAGGGUUUUGGGUUUGUAACUUUUGAAACUAGCUCAGAUGCUGACCGAGCCCGGGAGAAGCUGAAUGGGACGAUCGUAGAGGGACGGAAAAUUGAGGUUAAUAAUGCCACAGCCCGGGUCAUGACCAAUAAGAAGCCUGGGAACCCAUAUGCCAAUGGCUGGAAGCUAAACCCUGUAGUAGGGGCAGUCUAUGGGCCUGAAUUCUAUGCAGUGACCAGUUUCCCGUACCCCACCACGGGCACCGCUGUCGCCUACCGGGGUGCGCACCUGCGGGGCCGGGGCCGUGCUGUGUAUAAUACAUUUCGAGCUGCACCACCUCCGCCCCCCAUUCCGACUUACGGAGCGGCACUGGAGCAAACGCUUGUUAAAAUGCCAGGCCCGUGGGCGGGGCUGGCGCCGUGCCCCCUCCCUCCUCAGCAGACACCGGAGCCGGCCUACCCCGCCUCUCCUGCGUUCCCACCACUCUCUUGUCCGUUUGCUUCCAGGGUCGUGUAUCAGGAUGGAUUUUAUGGUGCUGAGAUUUAUGGAGGCUAUGCAGCUUACAGAUACGCUCAGCCCGCAGCCGCCGCCGCCGCAGCCUACAGCGACAGUUAUGGCAGAGUCUAUGCAGCCACUGAUCCCUACCAUCACACCAUCGGCCCCACAGCAACCUACAGCAUCGGAACCAUGGCUAGCCUCUGCCGAGGAGGGUACAGCCGCUUCACCCCCUACUAGCAAGAGACCCCUCACAGCAUUCACACCACUGCUUAUUCCAAACCAAACCCUACAGUCCCAACACCAGACACAGCCAUCAGGAGGACAGUGCGCCCCUCCCGGUCAGCGACAAGCGCCGCUGACCUCUGCGACUCUAAAGUCCAUAGAUUUUUACCUCCAGCCAGCUGGUCUCCCCACCCCACCCAUGCUGGUGUGUGUGUCUCUGACCCUGGUUUUCCUGUAUGUCUGAACCUUGCUUUCCUAUCUUGACGUUGUUGAUGUUGUACAAGCCACUUCAGGUACAGUAUGCAUACAGCGGGAGCCAGGCUGGGGGGACGGCAAGUUGCCCUACCAGGGCCAUGCCUAUGUCUCAGGGCAACACGGGCCCUCAGAGCUCCAGAAGUGCCACCAAGCCUCCCUCAGAGCCACCUCAGCCAACCCCCUGCAGGCCUGGCCACCCCUAUGCUUGGUGACGGAUAGAGGAGCACCAGGGCUCUAGGCCUCGUCGGUGGGUUUCCCAGUGGGAGGGGGGCCUCCAUCCACCUCUCCUAGGAAUGUCAGGAGUGGCUGCGGCCCCUCUGGACUUCCACUCAGCUGAAGUUAAUGUUUCUAUUAAAGUUUACUAAUGAUCCUCCUGUCCAAGUAGUCACAACACACUGCUCUGUGUGUAUACUGCUGCAAUCACCCCAGCUCUGGGAUUCCUUACAGAAAUGAACAUGUCCCUGCCCCGGGGUCACCCUGCAUUGGUGGACCCCGAGACCCUUCCUGAGCCUGACCGCCUCCUCAGGCACCGAAGCUGAUGGCUCUGGGUAUUUGUCCUUGACCUACAGAGCUGCCCACCCAUCCCCAAGACUCAGCAUACCUUUUGUCGAGGUCCAUCACAGGAGAGGGAAAGGUGUCAGCAGUCAGGCCAGGGACACGCGUCAGCUUCCUUCCCCCAGCCUUCCUGUGGCCACCCCAGCCUCCGUUAGCAUGUGUGUGCCUCUGUGGCCUGUGGGGACUCACCUAGCUCUACUGCCCAGAGUCCCGGAGGGGAUGCCAGUCGGUACCUGAGGUCGAGCUGAGGGCUCUGGAGAACUAGCAGGUGCUGGCCCCUCCACUCUGGGGGUUCGGGACCACACGGCUACCAAAGCUGUCAGCCCCGUGGCAGAUCGAGAGCCCUGCUCCCUCUCCUCCCACGUCCUCCACCCUGCCCUACCUGUCAUCCAACCACAGCCCUGCCCAUCCCUACAAGAUGGUCUACUCUAGGUCCAGCUUGUGGCAGGGUUCCAGAAGCUGUGGGGGCUGUGACUUCAGGCUGGACAGGCACAGUGGCCCCGAUGCUGCAGCCACCCCUCAGAAACUGCAAGCCUUCCCUUUCUGUU